AUGUGGGCUCCGAGGGUCUCCUCCGGCGGCGGAAUACGGCAACUCCCAUGGAUCAGCGGCCGGCGAGACCGUGGCCGCAGCAGGCAGCAGCAGCAGCCGCCAGCCACGGCGGAGCCCGCCACGCCCUCCAGGUUCGCUGUGGACCAUCUGCUUCCCCCUCUUUUCUAUCUUAUGCGCUGUGGAUUCUUCCUCUGGUCGUGGAUUCUGCUAAGAACUCCUGGCGGUUCACCUAUAGAGUCGCCUUGUUUACUUUUGAAUUCUUACUGCCCAGUCUCUGCUAAGAACUUCUGGCUCGCUUUAGAAGAAGUCAUUAUCUGUAUGAUAUAAUCAUCGGGAUAUUUUAGAAACCUUUCUUUUGAUUUUACUCGAGAUUCGGUGCAACCAACUGACCUGACGAAGAGCGUAUCACACCGCUGAUUUUAUUUAAUUUUCUUUUUUUUAUUGGCCAGUCAAAGAAUCGCACUGCCUGAACACAAUUUGAGUCGAAGUCUUGCGGCUGUCUGAUUUUCAUCAUUUGAGUUCGAGUUUGAGUAGGAAUGUUCAGACUGAGGCAGUGCCCUCUCGUCAGUGAGAUUACAGCAGAAUGAUGUGUUUUCCCUCCCUCCAAUCGGAGGAUCCCCAGCUUUUUAAAUAUUUAAAUUAUCUGCGAUAGAAGACCUGAUAUGUUGAACAUGAACGAGAGAUAAUUGAUCAAACAAGGAAAACCACAGGCUUAGUGCGGCAAUCGCUAAGAGCCCCAUUCAAUCUGCCAUUUAUUUCAUUAAGCCAUCCUUGUAUACCAUGAACAUGUUCUUUCUUUGAUUGAAUAUAUAUAUAUAUAGAUAUAUAUAUAGGUAUGUAUGUAUGUAUGUAUGUGUGUGUGUGUGUGUGUGUGUGUGUGUGUGUGUGUGUGUAUACUAAGUUUUUUUGGUAGAGUUUUGUGGGUGAGGAUGGGUUCGCCUCAAAGAAAAGGAAAAGUCAUUGUCUUGCGCUUCAGUCUCUGUUGGGAAUCAAAUCACAUUUGGCAUCUGUUUCUGCUUUUUUCUUUCCUUUACUUAGGGUGAGGUCUUCACGAUCGGUGAUGACUUCCAUGAGAGUUUUCUGCCUCUUUUUAUCGGGAACGUACGUUCAGCUGCUCGUGCGAUUUAGAUCAAGCCAUCUAUCUAUCCUCUUGGGAGAUUGACUUGGCAUCUUUCUCGAUCUGAAUGAAGAAUUAGAUUUAAACUUUUUUCUUCGUGGGGACUUUAGGAUGUAAAAUCAAUGAAUUCCAAGAGCAUUUCGGUCGCCAACAGACUAUUUAACCAACAAAAUUAUGGUCCUGUAUUGUUGGACUAAGUAUGUUCUUGGCUUUAAUGUAUAUUAUCUCCAAAUAUUGCAUAUCCGUCGGACAUAAUUUUCGAUGAUUAGAUUGCUCAAUCAUUAUUGACUGCCAAAGAUACAAAUUUUCUUUCUUAUAUACCCGAAAAUGCUUUCAUCAGCUUGAUGGAUUCGAAAUAUUUGAUCUUUGCAGAACCCAACUUGACAUUUCCCAGCACGUCUUUGUCUGCAAGGCGAGAUUGGGUAGGCAUCUCUCUCUCUCUCUCUCUCUCUCUCUCUCUCUCUCUCUCUCUCUCUCCCCUGCGCGCGCUGAACCAGGUGAUGUGGUCAAUGUAACAACAGAUGAUUCUUUCUCACCCGGAGGUCAAGGGUUCACGACAGUCCCUUCAAACCUGCUGGUCGCAGAGAGGGAGGAGGCCAAGGCAGUUCUGUCCCUCUUCUUAAGGAAGCAGGGUUCCAGUAACGCGGUCGCCUCCAGGACAAUAAACCGCUCAGAUCAAUUCAUCGAGCAUCUCAUCUCCAAGCUCCACUCCAUCCACAAGUCCCGCUACCUUGUAGGUUCGACCCUCCUCCUCCUCCUUCCUCCCCUGCUUUUCAUUUCUUCUUCUUCAUCAUCAUCUUUUUCCAUUGUUCUUCUUCUUGUUCUUCAAUUGCUUCUUCUUCUUCUUCUUCUUCUUCUUCUUCUUCUUCUUGUUCUUCAAUUGCUUCUUCUUCUUCUUCUUCUUCUUCUUUCUUCUUCUUCUGCAAAUGGGUUUGAACAGGCUGGGAAUUGCAGGGAGGGAGCUGACGACCCUGGAAAUAAGGAACGCCCUCGUCCCCUACCUGGAGGCCCUGCUGGAGGAGCACGGGGACCUCCUGGUGGCCGUCGUCGAGAACUUCCCCAACCCGCCGGGAAGGGACAGCCCCGCCGCCGCCAGCUCCCCGGCGCCGCCGCCGCCGCCCCCCGCCGCCGCCGACCCCUCCUCCAAGAAGCAGCGCGCCGUCUCCCGCGCCACCCAACUCGGCCCCCACGGUCACCUCCCCGACCACAUCCUCUACCUCCUCGACCUCGGCAUGGACCUCCAACAAAUCAAGCUCGUCACCCACCGCUUCCCCGCCUUCGCCUACUACAACCUCGAUAACAAGAUCCGCCCCCUCGUGGAGCUCCUCCUCCAACUCGGCGUCGCCCGCAGCGACAUCCCCACCAUCAUCUUCAAGCGCCCCCAGCUCUGCGGCAUCAGCCUCUCCGAGAACCUCCUCCCCACCAUGGCCUUCCUCGAGGAGCUCGGCGUGGACAAGAACCAGUGGGCCAAGGUCAUCUACCGCUUCCCCGCUCUGCUCACCUACAGCCGCCACAAGCUCAAAUCCCUCGUCGACUACCUCCUCCAUCUCGGCGUCCCCCAAACCAGCAUCGGCAAGAUCCUCACCCGCUGCCCACACAUCGUCAGCUACAGCGUGGAGGACAAACUGGAGCCCACGGCGGCGUACUUCCGCUCCAUCGGCGUCGACGUCGCCGCCCUCAUCCGCCGCUGCCCGCAGACCUUCGGCCUCAGCGUGGAGGCCAACCUCAAGCCCGUGACGGAGUUCUUCCUGCAGAGGGGGUUCUGCUUGCAGGAGGUCGCCGCCAUGGUGGCCAAGUACGGGGCUCUGUACACCUUCAGCCUGGCCGAGAACAUGACCCCCAAGUGGGAGUUCUUCCUCUCCACGGGGUACCCGUCGUCGGAGCUUGUCAAGUUCCCCCACUACUUUGGGUACAGCCUCGAGGAGCGCAUCAAGCCGAGGUACGCCAAGAUGACGGCCUCAGGGGUUCGGCUGGUACUGAACCAGGUGCUCUCCGUCUCCGACGCCGACUUCGACAGGAUCCUGGAGAAGAAGAAAACGAAGCUCGACGAAGACGACCACCUUUCUGCCCUUGCCCAGAAGAAGAAGAAGCAAUGGAAGGAGGAGGCGGCCCAGAGGUAA